AGUGAUGGUGAAUCCGGCUGUUUUUAUCUGCAAACUUUCACUCUCUCUCUCCUUCUUCUUCUACUUCUCCUCUGUGUGUCUGUAAAGCGCAACAGCAUGCAGGAUCCUCCGACUGAAGACAAGAUCCCAGUCACAGAUACAGCCAUAAGCCACGAGAUCAGCAGAGAAGGCCUUUGCUUCUCUGACGGCCGACGGAAAGUUGACUAUGUUCUGGUUUUCCAUCAGCGAAGGCACGGCUCCGUACGUUCUCCUACCAGCACGUCAAUUUCACAGGACAGGUUAUCCAUUGUUUCCAAUGGCAACUUUCCCACUGCGGUCGACCCAGACGCAGCAGCAGCAGCAGAGAGAGGUGGUGGCAUACCAGCAGGGGAGGCUGGGAAUGUUGGGGAGGUGUUCAUGGAGCUCGGAGUUGAAGGAUCGAAUGAGCCAACGGAGCCUGCUGACCAUGAGAUGCGUCUGAUCAGACAGGAAUUUGAGGCCAAUCUGCUGGAGGCUGGACUGGAGAUAGAGAGAGACAAAGAGUUUAAGACCCACGGCCCAAGCUUCACUCGCCUGCAUGCGCCCUGGCCUGUGCUGUGUCGAGAGGCAGAGUUUCUCAAGAUUAAAGUCCCCACAAAGACGAGUUAUGAACUUAAAGAAGAAAAAGGUUUCGGGUCCAGUAUGAGCACAGUGUGGAAGAAACUGAAACAGCCUUUCCAGCCCAAAGUACCACAUCAGGAACACGAACGCAACAAAGUCCUCUCACACUGCUUCUCCAGGGACAAACUCCACCUGUACAACAUUGUAUCUAAAGACACGUUCUUCGACAAUGCCACACGGGGCAGAAUAGUGUACGAGAUCCUGAGAAGGACGGUGUGUGUACGAACCUGCCAAACCAUAGGUAUCAGCACAUUGAUAGCUAAAGGCGUGUACGACUCUGCCUUCCCUCUCCACGAUGGUGACUACAAGGUCAUUGGACAUGUUGAGGAGAAGAGUGACAGGCAGGUCCUGCAUGAAGAGUGGGCCAGAUACUCAGCCUUUUACAAGUACCAGCCCAUCGAUCUUGUCAGGAAGUACUUUGGGGAGAAGAUUGGCUUGUACUUCGCAUGGCUCGGUGUUUACACACAACUGCUGAUACCGGCCUCUAUAGUGGGAAUUAUCGUCUUUGGCUACGGGGUAGCAACGGUGGAUACAAACAUACCCAGUCAGGAGAUGUGUGAUGAUAGUCUCAAUUUCACCAUGUGUCCUCUGUGUGAUGGAGCCUGCGACUUCUGGCGCCUUAGCACCGCCUGUGGCACCGCCAGGGCCUCACACCUCUUCGACAACCCAGCCACAGUCUUCUUCGCCAUUUUCAUGUCUCUGUGGGCGGUGCUGUUUUUGGAGCACUGGAAGCGACGUCAGAUCAGUUUGAGCUUCAGCUGGGAUCUGACAGGCAUUGAAGAAGAUGAGGAACAUCCCAGGCCGAGAUACGAGACCAUCCUCCUACAGAAGAGGCAGAGAAAACAGAAACAAAAGAAGAAGAAAAAGAAGAAGAAUGAGCCAGCGAAGCCGGAGGAUGGGACAGUGACAGGGAAGGACAGAUGGAGACAAAAACUGCUUUCUACUAUGGCUGCAGGAAUACCGGCGGCCAUAGAGAAGCUGACCUGGAAAGAUCGCCUGCCUGGAUACUGCAUCAAUGUUUCCUCAAUCCUCUUUAUGUUCGGUUUGACGUUUUCAGCUGUUUUCGGCGUCAUCAUCUAUCGAAUCACCGUCUCCGCUCUGAUGGCGAUGAGCCCUGACCCGGAGACAAAGUCCAACGUCCGAGUGACGGUGACAGCUACUGCAGUCAUCAUCAACCUCGUGGUCAUUCUGAUCCUCGAUGAAAUCUACGGAGCCGUCGCACUCUGGCUGACUGAACUAGAAAUCCCUAAAACAGAAACCAACUUUGAAGAACGACUCAUCCUGAAGGCCUUCCUGCUCAAGUUUAUGAACGCUUACGCACCCAUCUUUUACGUGGCUUUCUUUAAGGGACGGUUUGCUGGUCGACCAGGAAAUUACGUGUAUGUUUUCAACGACUAUCGGAUGGAAGAGUGUGCACCAGGAGGCUGCCUCAUUGAGCUGUGCAUUCAGCUCAGUAUCAUCAUGCUGGGGAAGCAGCUGAUCCAGAAUAACAUCUUUGAGAUUGGCAUCCCGAAGUUGAAGAAGCUGGUGCGAACAAUAAAGGAUAAAGGAUCAGCGGAGACGGAGGUCGAGGACGAGAGGCCUCCAAAGCAGUGGAACCUGGACUACGCCCUGGCCCCCUUUGAAGGCCUCACGCCUGAGUACAUGGAAAUGAUAAUCCAGUUUGGGUUCGUCUCCCUCUUCGUGGCUUCAUUCCCACUCGCUCCACUUUUCGCUCUGCUCAACAACGUCAUCGAGAUCAGACUGGACGCCAAAAAGUUUGUGACGGAGCUACGCAGGCCGGUUGCAGUACGUGCUAAAGACAUAGGCAUAUGGUACAACAUACUGAGUGGAAUGGGGAAAUUCUCUGUUAUUAUAAAUGCCUUUGUGAUCUCCUUCACAUCAGACUUCAUCCCUCGGCUCGUCUACCAGUACAUGUUCAGUCAGACUGGCACCAUGCACGGGUUCAUCGACCACACGCUCUCCUACUUCAACGUGUCCAACUUUAAACCUGGAACGGCACCGCUCAACUCUGACCAUGGAGACAUCACCGUCUGCAGGUAUAAAGACUACAGGGAGCCUCCCUGGUCCCCAGAUGCCUACACCUUCUCCAAACAGUACUGGUGUGUCCUGGCUGCACGGCUGGCUUUCGUUAUAUUAUUCCAGAAUCUGGUCAUGUUCCUCAGCCUCUUGGUGGCCUGGGUGAUCCCUGACGUCCCCAAAACCAUCGUGGAGCAGCUGAAACGGGAGAAGAAGCUCCUGGUGGACGUCUUCUUACGUGAAGAGAAGGAAAAAUUCCAGCUCAUCCAGAGCCUCUUCUCCAAGGACGCCUCCAAACACCAAGGCAGCCAUGUAAUCCCCCCAGGCCAGAGCGGCCCCCUCCCAGGCCGGUACAGCACUCUACCUCCGGGUGCGACGCAGGCUGGCGACGGAGGAGUACCGAGAGCGAGGUGCAGGGCCGCCAGCUUCAGCCAGUUCACCCGGAAGAUUCCCCCAUCGCCCAGGAGUGAAAAUGAGAAUUCGAGACACACAGCAGUGUGACGAGGAACACAGAGACGCCUCCAGAGUGGAGACGCUCGAGGAUCAAGUCCAUGAAUGUCUUUGACUGUGUCAUUUGUUUUCUGGUGUGUGUGACGCAGUAGUGCUGAGAUUAAAUAAUGGCAUCAUUUUUAUUUUGACGUCGCGGUGUGGUUGAAUGUGAAAACGGUUGUGUUGUUCCUUCUUGCAUCGACUGUUCAUCCGAUAAAGUGUUAUAAUUUUUACUUUUUGGUAAAAAUCAACUGUUUAGUGAGGCACACUUGCUUCAUAGCGUAGACAAGCAAUAACUACAGCAUUAGGCUGAUCCGUCAAACAUUACAAGAACCAGAGAGGGACUGAAGAUGAAGAAAAGACUAUUAGCAGAUGGACAGACCGAGAGAUGGACACUACAUAAACUCUAACAGUGUGAUGGAUAUUGUGGCUCAUAAAUAGGGCUUUAUGAACUUAUGAAUAUUUCUUCUUUCUGUGCUUUUGCUCUUUAUGUAUUUUAUUGUUUUUAACAAAAUUUGUAGCAGCUACGAUGUUCCACAUUUUCUGUAUUUUGAAUAUGUGAACUCUACGGAUUGCACACAGGAGCCUCCUAGAAGAGCUAAUCAGUUUUUCUUUACACCAUUGACAGGGUUUCUGCUGAGUUUCUCAACAGAGGGUAUGCACUGACGCCACUUUUAAACCGGACCAGUCGGCGUGAGUGUAAGCACAUUCUGAAACAUGGAGGGAAAACAAAGAAAAACAAAGUAAAAUUUGCUCAAAUGAGGGACAUUUGGACGCAGUUAAGGUCUCUGCUAUUGAGUAAAGACACAGUGGUGCUUGGUUAUUGACUUUUGGCCAAAAUCAGGUUUACUGACAUUUAUGGAGCGAUGCCUGCAAGCUAGUUCAGGCUGAUAUUUUAAGCCAUGCUGAUUUCUCAUUUGACAUGCAUCAUCAUCCAAUCACCUGACAAACAUCCCGCCUUAAAGCUGCAAGAUAUCUGGUCUCCUUUUUUGCUCUGCUAUUGCAAACUCUGCCCUCUAUCAGAACCAAGGGUCAAACAACUUGUUGAUGCUGCUGACAAAAGUUGCUGACAAAAUAAGUCACCAGUGGAUUUAAUUCAGUAAGGACAACUAUGUCAAGAAAUACACAUAAUUCGGUGCUAUUAGUAUUUCUUUAUUAACAGUUAUACAUUAGCACUUAUUCUGUUAUUUAUGUUUUAUCUCCUAUGAGCCCACGUGGAAAGCAUAAAGCAGGAACACCACACGUCCCUGAUCUCCCUAUGCCGAUAAGGAAAGCCUGAGGUGAGGAAGAAGCAGCAAACCCAGAGCAGAAUGGGCAGCAAUGACAACAGAAUUUCAUUAAGUCAGAAGCAGAAUAAAGGAGGACCUGGGGGGAGGAGAGUUGCAAAAAGCUUGCAGGAAGAGUGGCAUGAAAGCGCUUCAGCCAAUAGCAUGCUCAGAGCAAAUCAGCUGGCCAUCUGCUGAUGAGGGCUUGGGUGAGAUACGCUGAUCUCAAUUAUGGGAGCGCCUGCCUGAACUACUGCAAAAUGCUUAAUUUGUCAUUGAUUUGCUGGUUGCAUCAUUGUGCUUUUUCCAUGCUGCACAUGUACAUGGCGCUGUUUUCUGUUGCACAGAUGGUACAGAGUGAGCCAACUCAUAUCCUUACUCUCUUUUUGUCACAAAACCUUUCAAUUCAAAAGCCCAUUUCAGACGGCACAUGUCAGGAACACAGCUUGAUUUUUAUUAUGUUUGCAUAGUUAGGGCUAUCAGAUUGCCUGUGUGAGCACUGUGUCUCAUGCGCAUGAUACCUACAUCUCAUGUGAGGAGAAUCUA